AGGUGUGAUGUCAGGGCUGAAUUCCCACAGCUCCCCGGAGAAGUUUAAAAGAGGAUCAAGAAGAGGAGAAAGGAGUACUGACUCCCAAAGAUCGCCACAAAACGCACCCUGAGAACAGGUUCACCUGUCAGACAUGGAUUCAAAAACUGAUGGCAAACCAGCAUCGCUAAACAGUGAAGAACUGGCUGCUAUUGAGGAUGAAGAUGUUCUUAACAAGAUGCUCGACAGUGCAUCAGAUUUUGAAGAGAGACGGAUGAUCCGUGCUGCACUGAGGGACCUACUGAAGAAAAAAAGAGAAAAACGGGAGCAGGAGCGAGGCUCAAGGCAGCAAGACUUAAGACAACAGGGACUGAGCAAAGCGGGAACGAGAGGCGGAGCUGUUAGCAUAGGAAGGGCAUCCAUGAAUCAGCAGCCAUCAAUAAACAAACCAAGCAGCCAGCCAUCUCCCUCAGCCUCUACUCCCUUUAACAGGACAGCAGGCAGCAAGGCCAGUUCUGCUGCUGCUCCUCCUGCUGUGGCACCCAACGCUAAGAAUGUCAAACAGAUGCUUCUGGACUGGUGCAGGGCCAAAACAGAGCCAUAUGAGGGGGUGGACAUCCAGAACUUCUCCUCCAGCUGGAAAGACGGCAUAGCCUUUUGUGCUCUGGUGCACCGGUUCUUCCCUGACGCAUUUGAGUACUCCAUCCUCAACCCUAACAAGCCCAAGGAAAACUUCCAGCUGGCUUUCAGCACAGCAGAGAAGCUGGCAGGUUGCCCUCCUCUGCUGGAUGCUGAUGACUUAGUCCGGAUGCACGAGCCCGACUGGAAGUGCGUGUACACGUAUAUCCAGGAGUUUUACCGCUGCCUGGUAGAGAAAGGCCUGGUCAAAACCAAGAAGCGGCCAUAGACUCAGAACCUUCUGGAGUUGCUGUGAUUUCAGAUUUUACAAAUUGUACACAUAUCACAACAAGCUGAUGUCAGAAAGGGACGAUGUUAUGCACUGUUUUCCAACUAAAUAUUUACAACUUGCCUCUGAUCACAUCUGGCUCAUGCACCACUUGAAUGUGCCUAAUGCGUAGUACUUGUAUUGGUUUGUGUGUGUUAGCAGGCGCUUUUGGGUGUCUUUGUGCUCUCAGUGGACAGCUGGCGUUUAGGAUCAGUGCAUUCCACUGAGAUUACACAUCUGUAUUAAUCCCACAGUCACAGAGGGAGUCUGGGAACAACAUUUAUGAUGAUGCUGUUGA